AUGCUGAGGAAGUUGCUGCGGAGAAGACUUUUUUGUUAUCCCAUGAAAUACUGCUUCUUGGUUCUCAUUGUUUCCGUAGUCACCUUCUCUGUUUUAAGAAUUCAUCAGAAGUCUGAAUUUGUAAGCAUUGAUCAUUUGCAACUGACAGACGAGAAUCCUAGUAGUAAUAUUAAUUGUACCAAAGUGUUACAGGGUGAUGUAGAUGAAAUCCAAAAAGUAAAGCUUGAAAUGCUGACAGUGAAAUUUAAAAAGCGCCCUCAGUGGACAACCUAUGACUAUAUAAACAUGACUGGUGAUUGUACAUCUUUCAUCAAAAAGCGCAAAUACAUUGUGGAACCCCUUAGCAAAGAAGAGGCAGAGUUUCCGCUCGCAUAUUCUAUAGUGGUUCACCACAAAAUUGAAAUGCUCGACAGGCUCCUGAGGGCCAUCUACAUGCCUCAGAAUUUCUAUUGCAUUCAUGUGGACAAAAAGUCCGACAGUUCCUUUUUAGGUGCUGUAAUGGGCAUUGCAUCCUGUUUCAGUAACGUCUUUGUAGCCAGCCGGCUGGAGAAUGUGGUGUAUGCUUCAUGGAGCCGCGUCCAGGCAGACCUCAAUUGCAUGAAGGACCUCUACAGAAUGAGUGCAGACUGGAAGUACUUGAUAAAUCUUUGUGGCAUGGAUUUUCCUAUUAAAACCAACCUGGAAAUCGUCAGGAAGCUCAAGUCGUUAAUGGGUGAAAACAACCUUGAAUCUGAGAAAAUGUCAGCCAGUAAAGAGGAAAGGUGGAAAAAGCGUUAUGAAGUCAUCAACGGGAAGCUGACAAACACAGGAGCAGACAAAAUGCGUCCUCCUCUCGAAACACCCAUUUUUUCAGGCAGUGCCUAUUUUGUGGUCAGUAGGAACUAUGUGGGAUAUGUGCUAGGAAAUGAAAAAAUUCACAAGUUUAUGGAAUGGGCGAAAGACACAUACAGCCCUGAUGAAUAUCUCUGGGCCACCAUUCAAAGGAUCCCUGAAGUCCCUGGUGCACUGCCCUCAAGCCACAAAUAUGACAUGUCUGACAUGCAUUCGAUUGCAAGGUUUGUCAAAUGGCACUAUUUUGAAGGCGAUGUUUCCAAGGGCGCCCCUUACCCACCCUGCGACGGCAUCCACGUGCGCUCUGUGUGUGUUUUUGGGGCAGGGGACUUGAACUGGAUGUUACACAAACACCACUUGUUUGCCAAUAAGUUUGACACAAAUGUUGACCUCUUUGCCAUCCAGUGUUUGGAUGAGCAUCUGAGGCGUAAAGCUCUGGAGCCCCUAAAACACUUACCAUGGUAG